UAAAAUAAAAUAAUUUGUUUUUUUCAAUAUAAUUUAUUACUUAAAUAAACAUUUGCUGUUUACCUUGUGUGUGCAGUGGGAAGAAGCAAGAAGAAGAAGAAGCAGCAGCAGCAGCAAAUAGUUCAAAGAAGAGAGACUUAAACAGUCUGCAAGCGAAGCUUUGAAUGCGAUUCAUACGCACACACUUGCAGUCGCUCACGCACAUACACACACAGUCACAGUCGAAGUUACAGACACAGACACAUCGCACAAUGACCUUGCCAACCAAUACAAAUGCAGCGAAUGGAAACGGCUGUGGCGGCGGCAGCGGCAAUGGCAGCAGCAGCGAUGAUGAUUCGGACAUGUUCGGACCGCCACGCUGCUCACCCCCCAUUGGUUAUCACCAUCAUCGUUCGCGCGUGCCAAUGAUCUCGCCGAAGCUGCGUCAGCGCGAGGAACGUAAACGCAUCCUGCAGCUGUGCGCCCACAAGCUGGAGCGAAUCAAGGACUCUGAAGCGAACCUGCGCCGCAGCGUCUGCAUCAAUAACACCUAUUGCCGACUUACCGAUGAGCUGAGACGUGAGAAGCAAAUGCGUUACCUGCAGAAUUUGCCAAAAACCGAUAACAACAGCAGCACGGAAUUGGCGCGUGAGAACCUCUUCCAGCCCAACAUGGACGAUGCCAAGCCAAUGAACAACAACAGCAACAACAACAACAGCAUCACAAACAACAACAACAACAAUAAGCCUUACGGUGAUGUUAGCGGCGCACGCACCAUUUGCUCCAUUGAGAAUCAUCAGUCGUCGCAGUUGCUGCGUCAUGGUGCCACGCCCCCAGCUACUAAUAGCAACACAAUGUCCUCUUCCAAUUCCACCUCCGCCUCCGCUUCCGCCUCAUCCUCCUCCUCCUCCUCAUCGUCCUCGAUUGUGGCCGCUGCCGCCGCUGCUGCUGCGGCCGCACGCAAGCGCCAUCUAUCGAACAGCAAUCUGGUGAACGAUCUGGAGAUACUCGACCGCGAGCUGAGCGCCAUCAAUGCGCCAAUGCCGCUAAUAGAUCCAGAGAUAACCCAGGGCGCCGAGCAGUUGGAGCGGGCAGCGCUGUCGGCGUCGCGGAAGCGCAUGCGCAGCAACAGCGAGGACGAGAGCGAUCGGCUGGUGCGCGAGGCGCUCUCACAGUUCUAUAUACCGCCACAGCGGCUCAUCUCGGCCAUUGAGGACUGUCCGUUGGAUGUUGUGGGGCUCGGCGCCGGCGUCGGCAGCAACAGCGACCAAAUUGGCAUCGGCAGCAACAAUCACAAGCGCGUCAAGCUGAGCACCAGCAGCUGUGGCGGCUGUGGUGGCGUCAGUGGCAGUGGUGCUGUCGUUGGUGGUGGUGGUGGUGGUUGUGGUCCGGCCGACCACAUUGAGCUGGUCAACUUCGAUAUGAAUCAGAAUCAAAAGGACUUCGAGGUCAUCAUGGACGCACUGCGUCUCGGCACGCCCACACAGCCGAGCAGCGGCAGCGACUCGUGCGGCCAGGCGGCCAUGAUGAGCGAAUCGGCGAGCGUGUUUCAUAAUCUGGUUGUCACCUCGCUGGAGACAUGAAAGUAUCAGUAAGGGAUGCUGGAUAGACCCCAACCAACCAACCAACCAACCAACCAACAACAACAAAAGCAAAAGCAGAAGCAAGAGCCAACGCAAAAGCAAAAGCAAAAACAAAAACAAAAUGAAACAUUUUUACAAUUAGACAAGACAAAGAGCAAAGAGUUUUUUUUAGGCUUAAUAUUUAGCAUUAGUUAUAAGCUAAGAUCUAAGCAUUACCUACUAAGCUAGCAACUAAGACCCAAUUUACCGUUAGGCAGCGCUAGAGAGCAAGAACAAGAGAAGGAAAAUCUUCGCAUAGAUUGUAAUUGAUAACUGAAUUUUAUGUUUUUGCUUAUAUUUGCGUUUCGUUUCGGGCAGCUGCAAGUCGGUGUUGCAAUUACGACUUGGCCUACAAGAUCAACAAGAUGAACAACAACAAUACGAAGAAGAAGAAGAAAUAGAAACAUGGAAAAACACAAAUAAUUGUCUCGCAAUUUGUACAAAACUUUUGUUUCAAUAACAUUUUGUGUGGAAACACAUAACAAAAUCAAAGAAUUUGUAGUCA